GCCAAAACAUAUUGUUUUCACAACUUUUCAUCUGAUCUUACUCUCCUCAUGUGUAUACAUGCGGAAAGAGAAUGACUGUUUGUCUUAUUUGGGUGUGGACAAGGUUAUUGGUCACUAUAUAAAAUACAUGUAAUAACCGAUAUUUGUAUCACUUCUCCGGUAUCAACCCAUUAAAACAACAUGAACCCAUUGUCUGCAGUUAUAUUUUUCGUAGCUGUUGCUACCGCCAGCGCUAGUGGUAUCUAUGGAGCUGGCCUUGUUGCCAGCAAAGGAGCUAUCGAAGGCGCACUAGGAGGUCAAUGGAUUCCUGAUGUACCUGUAAGCGGACAUGGUGGUGCUCCUCUUGUUGCCGCCGCUGGAGUAAGUGCUAGAGGUGCUCUUGAAGGUGCUCUUGGAGGCCAAUGGAUCCCUGAUGUACCCGUUGCUCACGCUGCACCUGCUGCUCUAGCUGCUCCAUGGGGAGGUGCUGGUGUCGCUCCAUGGGGAGUUGCUGGUGUCGCUCCAUUAGGAGUUGCUGGUCCUUUAGGUCUCGGUUUGGGUACUCCAUUGGGAUAUGCAGCACAUGGAGCUUCCAGAGGAGCUUUGGAAGGUGCUUUGGGAGGUCAAUGGAUUCCAGACACCAUCGAACAUUAAUUAUGUUCAACGUAUGACUUCUGUAAAUUAUAUAAAUUCAUUGAAUAAAAGUCAGUUAUUUGCCUAAUAAA